CAGCGCUAAAUUUUAAAAACGACAUUUAAGUGCUAUUAUUUUAUUUCCAACAUUUGUAAUGUGAAAAUUUGCAGCAAACUGCAAAAAAGGUUGUUAUUUUAAAAGAAAAUAAAAAUUUAAUGUUGAAAUAUGUUAAAAACUGGGGAUAACAAUAAAAACUCGGCUUCAACAAUUCCCAUGGCGUCUUUGUUCCCGGGAGGAUUUGAUGCCAAUGUUAAAAAAUCGGAUAUAGUCAAGCGUUUGGAAGAACUAAACAAAUGGAAGGAGGAACAGGAGAAGUUAUUGUCUCUGCGGCAGGACUUGCAGAGGCAAAUGUUGGGUAUGGAACAAAAGACUAUGUAUCAAAUGUUGGGCCUGAGCAGUGGUGAGAAUGUAUUAAAUGAAAUUGAAGAAGCAGAAGGGAAUGCUGCCGAAGCUCUUAAUGCAGAGGAAUUUCAAGAAUAUGAAGAAAGCAUUUUGGAGUUUAAAAAUGCUGAGGAAGAAGAAGUGGAGGAGGAUGAUGGAGUGACUCAUCCCAGUGCAGCAGAACCUUCUUCCUAUCGAACCUUAACAUCGGGCUACGCCACUGAGGAGUGUAUGGAAGCACCCAGCUCAAAACCUAAGAGACCUUUCUUGAAAAGGGGUCAAGGUUUAAAGCAAAGAUUUAAAAUCGACCCAGAAGAAUUAAGAAUAACCAAUUUACCCCGCUACAAAUAUGCAAAUGCUCAUCCUAAGCUGAAAUUGAAACCUCGCAAACUUCCCAACCACCUUGUAAAGAAAAACUCGAUACCGGGCACAGUCAAAGCACCAUCGCCCAAAGAUGUGGGUUUGGAUGUACAUGAAAAGAGAUUUCAACAAUUGUUAAUAUCUUCCAAAAAUGUUUGCAACUCUACACCAGAAAACAAAUCUUCAUUGUUAUCCAGUAAAAACUUAUCUGGAGCCUCGUCAAAUGCCUCAACCUCCCUACCCAGGGUUAGGUUCGUUGAGACUUCAUUGAAAGUAUUGAAGCAGCACAGUCAAGAAUAUACACCAUCAGAAGGUUCCAGUAUAACACGACCAACUACGGUUGCCUGGUCUAAGAUAUUAGAUUCACAGCAAAUUAAACCUUUGCCUGUAGUCCGCAAGAAUGUCUCACCCAAUUUGCCACAAAGUGAACAGGACAUUUUUGAGUUACUGGAGGAAAAGGCCAAUAACGGUAGUUUCGAUAUGAACUCGACUUGUAUGAAACAAUUUUUGCAACGGCGCUUAAAUGAACAUUUCAACGAGACGGAUAUCAUACCCAUAAGUGAAGGUUUAAAGCAAAAGCGUUUACAGCCUUUGGUUGAAGCUGUUGACCAUGAGCAGUCCUCAGCCUCCCUGGAGGAAGCCGAAGAAAAUGACACCUCUAUAGCCCCGGGUAACUCGGAAUGUGGGGACGAUGAUACCACUCACAGAACUUUAGAAACCACUAAUAAUUCCACAACUUACUAUCCGCCACGUUCCAAUGAAAAUCGUGUAAGAUUUUCCGAUUCACAUGAUACUAGAGAAUAUGGCCAUGAGGAAACCGCAUGUACAGAUUCUUCACAACUAACUGCCGCCGAUGGUACAGGUAAUUCAGAAUUAUUUGAACAAUUCAAGCAAGCUCUGUUUGCUGCUUUGCAAAGCAAAGCUGAUCAACAUAAUGAAACUAUGAAGUCGGCCAGUGAAACAACACUUACACCUCAGGACUAUUUUGUAGGACAAGAAGAUGUCGAAACAGAAAAGGCCUCAGCGGAAUUGCAGGAGAAAACGAAUAUGAUUAAAGAACGUUUGUUGGAGUUGGAAAAAGAGAUAGCUACCUUUAAGCAGAACAAUAUUCAGUUGUUGAAAGCUAAACAGGAAUAUGAAUUGGAAAAAUCAUUGCAUGCCCAAGAGCAACUUGAAGCUGCCGAACGCCUAAAGGAUGAACGCAUACAAAUGGAAAUAUAUCUUCAUGAUGAACGCAUGAAACUGGAGGAGGAAAAACGAAAAUUUGAGCAACAAAUCAAAAUGAAAUCCCAGUCUUUGGCUUCAAAGGAACGCAAAGAAAUGGAAAAGCUAAGAGAACAGGUGGCCCAGUUGGAGACCCAACUCAAGAAUAAGGAAUGUAAUCAUGCUGCAGCUCAGGCGCGCUGGCGAACACAAAUUCGCACCAUGGAACGUGAGGAGAAACGGCUGCACGAACAAAUCGAAAUACUGACUAAGGAAAAUAAGCGCUUGGAAAACGAAAUGCUCAAAGUGAGCAGGGAGAAUAACAAUAAGCUGUUGCAGGAGAUCAAUAGGAAUAUUGCAAAAUUGGCACCGAAACAGACCCAACACGAUGCUGUGGCGUUUCCCGAGGAUUCACAGCCACCUGUACUUGGCUCAUCAAGAAGCCUGUCUAAAACUAUUGUUGCCACCGCAGCUACUAACAAGAAUUCCAAAUCACCUUCCAAAGGCCACACCAUAACUGCACAUAAAAGAAUAGCCAGAAAGUCCACAAAACCUACAAAUAAUCAGUUGUCAAAACAAAGCCACCCUUUGCCCGAAACACCAUCGUCAGGGGAAUCCGAUACAAGUUGUAAUGAGAAUAACAAAUGCAGUCGUCAAAGCAACAAAAAACAACAGCCCCAAAAACACUUUGUAGAAUUUGAUGAGGACGAAGAAGAUAUUUUAGAGGAAUUAAAAACUUGCCUGGUAAAGAAUAAGUCGCAAGCAGUCACAAAAGAAGAAAGUCUGUCUGCCAAACACCAAGAAGAAUCACCUAGAAUGGAUAAAGCUCCACCCUCCUCACCCACCAAUAUGAAACGUGAAAUAGUCAAUGCUGAUGGCAGCAAGGAUAUAUGGUAUCCCAAUGGAAAUCUUAAGAAAAUAUCUGCUGAUGGCAUGCUCAUUCGUAUGCUGUACUAUAACAAAGACAUCAAGGAAACCAAUAUCAAUGAGGGAACUGUGAAGUAUUACUAUGCCGAAACAAAUACAUGGCAUACCACCUAUUUGGAUGGUUUGGAAAUUCUGGAGUUUCCCAAUGGCCAGAUAGAACAUCGUCAUAAAAACGGUUUGGUUGAAGUUCACUAUCCCAAUAAUUCUGUAAAAAUUAUGGAUCCUCGCGAUGAAAAGAAAUUGGAGGAAUGGCGUUUUGCCGAUGGCACACAUCUGGUGCAAAUGCGUAAUGGUGAUAAAAUUCUAUCAUUGCCCAAUGGCCAAAAGGAGAUACAUACAAAGUUACAAAAACGCCGUGAAUAUCCAGAUGGUACGGUGAAAAUUGUUUAUCCCGAUGGCAGCACAGAGACACGUUAUUCCAAUGGAAGGGUGAGACUUAAAGAUAAGGAUGGCAAUUUGGUAAUGGAUACCGAAGAGGCAAAGUAGUUGCUUGAUCUCCUGCAAGCAUUUAAAGGACUGUUUUAUGUAAUUUCGUUUUAAUUCUAUGCCAUCUGUGUUGUACACGUUAUGGACAAUUUAUGUUUUUUCUGUCUUUUUUAUAUGACAUGUUGCUUCUAAAAGAACACGUAAUCGGUAGACUGUUAUUGUAAAAAAAAUUUUUAAUAAUAAUCUUUAUACAAACUUUAAAAACAAAAUCGUUGUCUUGGAUGAAAAAACUUUUUAUGUACAUAGUAUAAACUGCAAGGAAAUAUACAUAGUUCAACUACAGCUUAA